UUGAAUCUACCGGUUGAAUUUUGUCUCCAGGAAUUAGAAAAGUCUAUUGUCACAUUAUUUCUCUGGAGUUUGAGAGGCACACAGGUCUGCAACUCUACAUUCAUUAUGUCAUCCUUUGCACCAGCAUCCAAGGGAGGAGAAUCCGCCAACCUUGCAGAUAUGAAAGUAUUUUUCCCUGGUAUUGAAAAGAUACAAUACAAACCUGACUCUGGUCCUAGCGACACUCUAUGUUUCAAACACUACAAUGCAAGUGAGGUGGUGUGUGGGAGGACCAUGGAGGAGUGGUGCAGAUUUUCAGUAUGCUAUUGGCACACUUUCAGAGGCACAGGUGCCGACCCAUUUGGCUUCCCCACAUUGAUCAGACCAUGGGAAGACAACUCAAACACCAUAGACAAUGCCAAGAGAAGGUUACGAGCAGGUUUUGAGUUCUUUUCUAAACUAGGAGUAAAGUACUGGUGCUUCCACGAUAGGGACAUUGCCCCUGAGGGUGCAGACCUGACAGAGACCAAUAAGAUCUUAGAUGAGGUGUCAGACCUUGCCCUGGAGCUUCAGACUGAGACUGGUGUUAAAUUACUGUGGGCAACCUGCAAUUUGUUUGCCCAUCAAAGGUACAUGAAUGGGGCUUCUACCAACCCAAAUGCGCACAUUGUGGCAUAUGCUGCUGCUCAAGUAAAAAAAGGUCUUGAAGUUGCAAAAAAGCUUGGUGCAGAAAAUUAUGUAUUCUGGGGAGGUCGUGAGGGAUAUCAUUCUAUUCUGAACACAGAUGUGAGAGCUGAAUUGGACCACAUGGCUGCAUUCUUCAAGAUGGUUGUUGCAUACAAAGAGAAGAUUGGUUUCACAGGCCAACUGCUGAUUGAACCCAAACCGAAGGAACCAUCAAAGCACCAGUAUGACUACGAUGCUAUGACUGUUAUUGCCUUCUUGAAGACAUAUGGCUUGGAUAAGGAUUUCAAGAUCAAUGUUGAACCCAAUCAUACAACACUGGCAGGUCACAGCUAUGAGCAUGAUGUCAUUAUGGCAGCCAAAUACAACAUGCUUGGAUCAAUAGACUCAAAUACAGGCUCCCCAGAUCUUGGAUGGGACACUGACCAGUUUCCCAUGGAUAUAAAGAACUGCACAAUGAUCAUGAAGACCAUCAUAGAAAUGGGAGGACUUGCACCAGGUGGACUGAACUUUGAUUGUAAAGUACGAAGAGAGUCCACAGCCUUACAAGAUAUGUUCAUCUCUCACAUAGGUGCCAUGGAUGCCCUUGCACGUGGCCUAAAAUGUGCAGCAAAACUCAUUGAAGAGAAGGUCAUGUCUGGCUUAGUUGAGGAGAGAUACAGUUCAUUCACUAGUGGACUUGGGAAGGACUUAGCCGAUGGAAAUGCAACUCUCGAACAGUGUGAGGAGUUUGUACUGAAGAAUGGCGAACCAGAGAUUGCAUCAGGACAACAAGAACAUUAUGAAGCCAUUCUUAAUUAUUAUGUCAAGUAAAAACCUAUAUGAAUGUGUAAACAACACAGACAAUAUAUUAAAACUGUAAAGGAUGAAACUUUAUCAAAAUCAAUGUAGCUUGGACUCCUGUGGCAAAAUCUAUGGAGGAGUUUGGAUUUUUGGAAUAAAACUUAUUGAGCCUGGGAUUCUGUUACGACAAAGUGAGAGUGAGACACCAGGGUACUAUACUGAGUGUGUAGAACAGUAUUCCAUAGCUUAAAAUACUCAGACCAAAAAAUCAGUUGUACUGUAUGUCAUAAUGUGUACACAAUGAUGAAAUACAAACAAUGUUUAUAUCAU